AUGCGCGCCGUCCGCCGCUCGCCCGUCCCGCACUCGCGCCCCUGCCACCGAGCCCCUGCCCCGCAGCGCCCUCGCGCGUGCACGCCGCCCGCCUCACCUUGCUCGCCUCCUCCGUGCCCGCUCUCCGUCGGCCCCGUGCUCGUCGUCCUCACAGGCCCAGCGAGCGCACACCCCUGCUCCCCUGCCACCGCGCGCGCCCGCACGCUCGCCGGCCUGCAGCGCCACCGCUGCCGGCUCGCCCACUCGACGGUGCCGCAGUCGGCAUUCGGCCCGUCCGCAACCGCCCGACCGCUCCGCUCGCACGCUGCACCCCACUGCUCGCCGCAUGCCUUGCCCGACCCCGCCCCGACGCUGCCCGACCCUGCUCCGGUGCCGCCCGACGUUCCUCUCGUCCCACCCGCUCCGGCCACUAGUGAUCAGAUUGCCGCGGCCGCGGCCCCCCCUCGCCGGCCGCCGCUCGAGUCCCCCUGUCCUGCAGCGCCCGACAGGGCGCCCGUAACCGCUCCCAGCGCUCGCGCCCGCAAACCCGCAUUGGCCCCCUGGCCCAAUGACAUCUGGGCCCCGCCCACAGAACGUGUUUAA